UAGGUUAGUUAUAGCUAUUGUUUUGAAAAUGUUUCUUAGAUCUAUUGGUAAAAAAUCUGCGUUUGGAACUAUUUUAAUAAAAUAUUUAAGUAAUGCGUCUUUGAAUGAAAAUAGCUGGUUAACGUAUUCCUUACUCAGAAUAAGCAAAGGCGGAAUAGCAUGUAAUAGCAGGAGUAUUAGCGGCGACAAAAUUUCAUCAAAUGAUGGAGAUUUCAUGGUGCGGCUUAAAAAUGAUCCGGACAUUUUCGGAGACAGUCAUUCACUAGACACUUUAGAUGAAGGAGAUUUAAGAGAAGAAAAACAUUUUACGGAACAAGUACCCGCCACACAAAAAUUAAGAACUAAACAGUAUGCCGAUAUAAUAAAAAAAUAUAUAAAAGAGAGGAAAAUUAAGGAAGCCAUAGACGUUUUAGAAAUAAAGAUGUUAAAAGAGGAUAGAGUAAAACCUGAAAAUUACAUCUUUAAUUUAAUUUUGGGUGCUUGUGGUAGAGUUGGGUAUUCAAAAAAAGCCUUCAUGCUCUAUAAUGACAUGAAAAAGAGAGGCUUGCAGGUUACGGGGGGCACGUACACUGCAUUGUUUAAUGCUUGCGCUAACAGUCCAUGGCCUCAGGAUGGAUUAACUAGAGCGAGACGUUUAAGAGACAUUAUGAUUGAAAAACAAUACACACCAAAUGACACAACAUACCACGCUAUGAUCAAAGCUUUUGGUCGUUGCGGUGAUCUAACAACGGCUUUUAGUUUAGCCGAUGAAAUGGCCAAUAAUGGAAUUAAAUUAAAAUCAGAGACUAUGAACUUUUUGUUACAAGCCUGUAUAUCAGACAAAGAGGCUGGUUUUAGACAUUCCCUGCUGGUUUGGAGGAAACUUUUGGAAAAGAAAAUUCAUCCUGGUAUAUUCACAUUUAAUUUGUUGUUGAGAUGUGUCCGGGACUGUGAAUUAGGUGAUGUUAGUGUUGCUAAAGAUGUAAUUGAGAAAAUACUUAAAGACAGUCAAAGCUUAGAAAACAAAAGUAAUCUGUUAUAUGGUGCCUGUCGGAAUGUGCAACUGUUAGAACCGAAACAGGCAGAACCUGGUCAAUAUAGUGGUAAUUUAGUGAAUCUAACGGAUCUUAAACAAAGCUCAUUUGAAACAAACUACGAGGAUUCUUCAAAUGAUAAUAUUCGACCAAAUCUAUUGGCGCCAGUGCCAAAUCUAAACAAUCUCAUCUCUUUAACUGAGGUGAGAAAACCCGAAGAUAGAUUACUUCUCCUAGGCGGAUUUUCGGGUUUUCUAAGGACAAUGAAAAUAUACCGGUGCGCCCCGAAUAUCAAGACGUUUACCGAGUUAUUGGAUUCCAUACCGGGCACAAAUGCGGCGGAAACUGAGCUGCUCAAGUCGAUGAGACUACAUGGAGUUCAACCUGAUAUUGACUUUUACAAUAUGUUAAUUAAAAAGAGAAGUAUGAGGUUUGAUUAUGUAGGAGCCAGGGAAGUGCUGGAAUUGUUGAAAAAAAAAUUUAAGCCUAACGUCAUGACCUAUGGUACAUUAGCCCUGAGUUGCAAAACCAAAGAAGAAGCUCUCGAAUUAAUAGAUGAAAUGAAAUCCUCAAAAUAUAGAUUAAAUUCCGCUAUAGUUGGAGCUAUGCUUUCGCAGGCUUGUCAUCAUUGGAAUUUCCCUUAUAUUUUUCAUAUGAUGGAAUUAUGCCUGGGCGAAGGGAUCGCGGUCAGUAAAAAGCUGUUACAGCACUUGGAAGGGUUUAAAAGUGUUGGCAAAACCUUAUCGGACAAAAAAGAAUUAUCUAACUCCCAACAAAAAUGGUUUGAAAUAUUUAAAACCCGGCACAAAACUUGGUUACAACAAGUGCAAACCGACGAAUCAGAAGACGCGCACCCUUGGCAGCAGUUUAGACAAACUUACCCCGAUAACGUCAAAUACAAAUGGAAAGACGGGGUCAAGUUUAAAGCGAAACAUACGUCUCUGUUUAAGGUUAAGACGUCACUAAAGCAGCGGUAUUAGGAAUAAACCGACAAAUCAACCCAGAACGAAGAUGUGCUGUGCAUAUUGUUAAUUAUUUAAUAAACAACUUAGCGACUGAGAUACGGAAUUAUUUUUAUAUUCAUUUGCGCAGUAAACAGACCGCUUAAUUGCGGAUUCGCCAAUAAACAU